CUAUUUCACCAAUACAUAAGAAGCCAACUGUCAGGCGUCCCUCGGUAAUUAAUCGUGUCACAUUAUGCCUCCAACGAAAAACCGGCAUUUAUGUAGGAAAAUACCUAUUUUGUAAUAAAAUGUAUGUUUAAAAGCAAAACCACAAUAGUGCCAAUCAGUACUUUCAAACAAGAUGAACCUCGACAAUCUUCCACCGGAGUUGAUGUGGAAUGUGCUGGAUAAACUGGAAGAGCUACGUGAUCGGAAGAAUGCGUCGCUGGUGUGCAAAUCUUGGAACUGGAUGCUGUUCAACACGACCAAGUCACUACGAGAUGUCAACUUGCGCAUAUCUACGAAAGUCAACUGUCUGGAGCAGCUAGAAACUGAGGAACUAGUCGAUCGCAUGUUCGACGUGAUGAUGAGAAGUAAGCGGAAUUAUAUCAAUGUGGAAUUCUUCCAUGUUAAUUUCGAGCGACCGGUGGUAAGGGAGUUCCUAUUCUUUAUGGUGCAGCUGUGUUGCGAUUCCAUCGAGUGUCUACGUUUCACCAACUGUCACGGUUUGAAACGCAGUGAAUUGUGGCAGAUUUUGGAGCUGCUUGGUGAUUUGAAGGAGCUUGUUGUCUCAGGAGGAAUUUACUAUGACGAUUUGAGUGAGGAUUUUAAAAUUCCGGAGCUUAAAAACCUUCAAAAACUGACACUGGAUAUCGGUGAUGACUGUCGGCUAUAUAGGGACUUUACUUUCAACGCGCCAAUUCUGGAGAGCUUGAAUAUAAGAACUAUUCAUGGAUGCGUUGAUCUCCGUGACGUCGCUACGACUCGAUACUUUAGUCAGCAACUAAAAUCAUUGAGAUUCUCCACCAAUCGAUGCUACAAUCAAGCGGAAUUUUCUGAAAUGAGUUUUUGUCAUCUGACAAUAUUGGAACUUAAGGUGUCCGGUUACGUGUGGGUUCAGCUGUUCAAACAAAUGAAACAAUUGCGAGUGUUGAAGCUAGAGGCAAGUAUCAACGAUGAUGUUAUAGCAGCAAUUUGUAGCACAUCAACACAACUUCAAAAGUUAAGCCUCCUGUCUUCUGGAUUAGUGGAAUGUAAAAAAUUUAACAUGUUAGCACGAUUGGAAGCUCUGGAAGAACUGCAAAUACGAGGCAUCCAUAAAUAUAGCUGGAGACAUGUAACGUUCACUAAACUUCGACAGCUGCAUUUAGAUAAUGUUGGAACGGAUUUCACAAAUUUUCUCAAAGAUUUGAAUAGUUUGCGAUCGUUGGAAAUUCACGACACCAAGCUUAAGAACGAACAACUUAUUAAAGUUACUCUGAAUGCACCCACCGUUGAACGACUAGAGCUGGCAUUCUGUAGCAAACUGAGCGACAAAGGAUUUAAGCACUUGACCGACAUGGAAAACCUUGUAGAACUGCGUCUGUGGGGUAUACAGGUUUCCAAGAAUAUUGAAGAACGAAUAACCUGUCCGCGGUUACGAAAGAUAAUUUUUUACUUUAACGAUUUUAUCGAAGACUGCACCUUGGAUGCUAUUGCUCUCCGUUUGCCACAGCUGAAACAGCUUGUCCUGUACGACUGCUAUCGAAUUAGUCCGCAGGGUGUUAUUGAGCUUCGAAAAAAACUUCCAAGCUGUCACGUGUUGGAACUGUAUCGCGGAGACGAACUGCCAUUAACCUUAGUCGCAGAGACACAAAUUUACUACCGGAAUGCCGAAUAUCCGAACGGAGUUCUGAAGCAGGAAUUGCCCUUCCAGUGGUACUGAUUUAUUUUAAAUUCGUGGUGUGAUUGUAAAUUUACUUUUGACUUGUAUUGUCUGUAGCGAAUGUGUUUUAGCAUUUACUUUAUUUUUAUUUUAAGUUUUUUUUUAUUCGUCAAUUGUGUUUUAGCAUUAUUUAGAUGUGGGGUGUAUAUAGCAAUAGAUUAUAUUUUGACAUUUUCAAAAUAAUUUUUAUUUAUAGUUUUUAACCCAAUACAAGCGAUAUUUUAUUAUCUGCAACCAUAAAUUGUAUUGAUAGCACUUAAACUAAUAUUCAUAAUAAACAAGCUGGAAAACAUGUCCUGCUAAGUUUUUCGUCACUUAUUGGCAUAAAAAAUGACUAACACUGCAAUCUGAUACAACACAUUUAGAUACUACGCCAUUUUUGUGCCAAUACCAAACACGUCUGGUAUUGGUUAUUGAAAAUUAAUUCCAGAAAUGAA